AUGCUGAAGAGGGUUAACAGUCCUUUCGAUGCCACGUCACCCAUAUCGAAGAAACAAUGCAAAUGGAAGGUGAUCGAGGCAUACAAGGAGAUUAGCGCCGCAUAUGCUGCACUCGAACGACCGUUAACCGCAAAGUCGGCCUCGCUGGGAAGCAACGAAGAUGGUUCCGCUUCCCACCUGGGAGUUUCGCAUGCCAACAAAAAUGGCAUGGAGUCGGGGAUUCUUGAUGGCAAUGUUCAUAAGACAGCACGCGAUAAUAUAAGCAGCUGUGAUGAAGGUCAUAACCAAGAUCUAGCCAUUGGAUUGGGAAAUGGCCAUGACCAGGGAUGCGAGCGGGAUAAUUGCAGGAGUCGAAGCAAACAAGAAAUGGAAAAAAUAUGA